AUGAACAAGGUGUGGAUGAGUAUUGAAGAUAGAUUUAUGUCUAACGAGUAUGCAAUGGGGUUUAGCUAUUUCAUGAAUAUGGCUAAGGAGCAUGCACAAGGGGGCAUUGACAUUAGGUGUCCGUGCUGUAGAUGUCGUAACAUGCUCUUCCAGCCAAUAACCACAGUCGAGGAGCAUUUAUUUAUUAUAGGGAUUGAUCCUUCUUAUAAGGAUUGGAUUUUUCACGGUGAAGAGGAAGUGUUGGAUGUUAAUUCAUCAGAAGAAGGUGAUGAUGCCAGCGGGAAUGAUGCAUAUAUUGAUGAUAUGGAUGAGCUGCUGGAUGACAUUCAUGCUAGAGCUUCUAUGGAUCAGUCCGGAGGUUCGCAAAUACCUGGUAUUGAUGGUGUCACACCUGGUGGUUCUUCAGCAACCUUUUCAGAAUUGUUAGAAGAUGCACGGAGUCCACUUUAUCCAUCAUGCUUGACGUUUUCAAAGCUUUCUUUUAUCGUAAAGUUGCUUCAUAUAAAGACAGUUGGUGGUUGGAGUGUUAAAUCCUUUAACAUGGUCAUCAAGCUCCUGAAAUCUGCAUUUCCUGACGCUCUUCUCCCUGACUCAUACAAUGAUGCAUGCCGAUUGGAACGUGGCCUGGGGUUUAAUUACACAAAGAUAGAUGCUUGUUUGAAUGAUUGUGUCUUAUUUUGGAAGGAACAUUCUGAUAAAGAGAAGUGCCCAAAAUGCAACACUCCAAGAUGGGUGUUAAGUAGUACUAAGCAAAAGAAAAUUCCACACAAAGUGCUCAGACAUUUCCCGUUGGUUCCAAGGCUGCAAAGACUAUUUGUUUCUAAUAAGACUGCCGGGGCAAUGAGAUGGCAUGCUACUAAACGCGUCAACGAUUAUAAUGUGAUGAGGCACCCUGCAGAUUCGAAGGUAUGGAAAGAUUUUGACGUGUAG